AGCCACUGACACACGGACAGACAGGGGCCCAGAGAGAGAGAGAGAGAGGACGAGAUGAAGGAAUCAUAUCAGGGAAUAAGAAAACGGCUGGAUUAAUAAUUCAAACCAUUACACUUUACAACCAGCGACACCGCAGAUGCCAUCGGUUUAGCAUCGGUUUGUACAAUAAUCCCGUGUGUAUUGCAGCGAUUCCUUCAUUCAAGGAGAAAAAACGGAGAGCCACCUGGCUACUAUCAUAGAGCGGAGUACAAUGACAACCUGGUGAAUGUAGGAUAAUCUAUCUAACCAACGGAAUGCAAUACAACCGGAAUAAAGGACCGUUCCGGGUGAGCAUCACCAACCGGGAGUGAUGAGAAGAACCACGGGGAGACAGGACCGUGUUUCUGCUGUCGCCUGUCAAGGGUAUUCUUCCUGUGUGUUGUGGACUGAACAUUUAUUCUUCCAGCACCCUCCUCCUCCCCUCCUCCACCGGUGUCGUCUGGGGGUUGUAACAUGGAGAGCUCCAGUGGCUCUGGGAUCAGCGAAUCCACCAAACCGCCAAACCACCAGUUGGAGAAGAAACGGUUAAACCGAGCAUCGUCUCCGGCCAGGCCGUUCCUGAAGGAUGUCCACUCCUUCCGCUCCUCGCCCAAACCAACGGUUAUCGUACCAAAAUCCCCCAAACUGACCAAGCAUCAGCACUCUUCUCCUGUGCCCGUGUCAUCCAAUCAAAGCCGCAUCACCAGGCGCACCCCAACCGGAGCGAAGGAUAACAAACCCGCCGCGGUGAAAAGUCACAGCACCAAGUCCUCCACAGGCACGAGAAAGACUGUUAAGGUAAUCCAACAUGCAACCCCGGAGCAUAAAACGACCGCCGCCAGCAAACCGGCAUCGGACAGCAGUCCACACCUCGCCCUCAAAGCCAAGAAGAGUAAAAUAGCCACUCUGACCGCGUCUCACCACCGUCCACUCAGCCAUGGCUCACCAAUCCGCGUCCCAACCGGUGCUAUCCCUGUCGGCAGGGUCAGUCAGACGGACAGCAACUCCGAUCUCUCCGACUGUCCCUCUGAGCCCCUAUCCGAAGAACAACGCCUGACCGCGGCCGCCAGCAGCGACGGGGAGUCGGGGGGCUCUGGGUCCAGCGACAGGGAUCAUGUGGGAGCGGAUUAUCCUCUGCAGGCAGGAGCAUCAGCAACAGACGCGGCAGGGGCUACUGCUUGUAGUGGUGGGGUUUCAUUGCGCACCGCGGAGAGUAGCGCGGAGGGUGCGGUAGUGGCAGCAGCGGGGAAAGGCGGCAUGUCUCAGGCUCCAGGAGCAGGUGCUCACGGUCACGGAGGAGAUGGGAGUAAACAGGAGAAAUCGUUAACAAGCGCAUCAUUUAUAAAACUGGAAUGCAGCAAGGAGAUAAUCGAGGAGGAUUUGAUACGGGAAAUUGAAGACCUACGUUCUGAAAACGACUACCUCAAGGAUGAAGUGGAGGAGCUGCGUGCAGAGAUGGAGGAGGCCCGGGACAGUUACCUGGAGGAGGAGGUGUAUCAGGUGCAGGAGUUACAGAGGGAGCUGGACCGGUCCAAUAAGAAGUGCCGGAUCCUCCAGUACCGUCUCCGUAAGGCGGAGCAGAAGAGCCUCAGAGUGGCCCAGACUGGACAUGUAGAUGGAGAGCUGCUACGCAACCUGGAACAGGACAUCAAGGUGGCCAAAGAUGUGUCAGUGCGUCUGCACAACGAGCUGGAGAAUGUAGAAGACAAGAGGACCAGGGCUGAAUAUGAGAAUGAGCUGCUGAGACAGAGGAUCAUCGAGGUGGAGAUCUCUAACCAGGCUCUACACAAUGAACUGGACAGAACCAAAGAGACUGGUACACGACGGAGAGGAAGCAGGGAAACAUUUAGGGACAAGAAGUCUCUGAACCAGGAGGACAGUGCAGAUCUCAGGUGUCAGCUGCAGUUCUCUAAGGAAGAAUCCACCCUCAUGCGUAAGAAGAUGGCCAAGCUGGGGAAGGAGAAGGACAAGCUAGAGCAGGAGAUCCAGCAGUAUAAGUCAGUCUACGGGGACGUGGACAGCCCUCUACCCCUGGCAGAGCUCGCAGGCGGUGGGCCCCACAGCACCAGGGAGGCCGAGCUACGGCUCCGACUCAAACUGGUGGAGGAAGAGGCUAAUAUUCUGGGGAGGAAAAUUGUAGAGCUGGAGGUGGAGAACCGAGGUCUGAGGGCCGAGAACGAGGACAUCCGCUGCCAGUACGAGAGGGACUGUUUCGGCCGGGAGCCCUUCAGCAGCAUGCCCUCCUCCCCGUACGGCGGAGACGCUCUGGAGUCAGCCGGGGAGCUGCGACGCCACCUACAGUUUGUAGAGGAAGAGGCAGAACUUCUCCGGCGGUCCAUCUCGGAGAUCGAGGACCACAACAAGCAGCUGAUCUCAGAACUGAACCGCUUCAAGUUCGGCCCGAGAGACGAGGAAGGCGAGGUCGGAGUGAUAAUGAUGAUGAAGUCCGGUAAUGGGAGUAACGGAAGCGGUGUGGUGAUGAUGGAGGAGUUGAAGGCAGCCAGGAUGCAGAUAAACGAGCUCAGUGGAAAGGUGAUGAAGCUGCAGUAUGAGAACAGAGUCCUGAUGUCCAACGUUCAGCGCUGUGACCUGGCCCAACACCUGGGUCUCCGCACCGGCUCCCCACGGGACAGCGAUGCAGACAGCGACACCGGCCGCCGAGACUCCGCAGAGGAGGAAGAGACUGGGAGGCUCCUCCUUCUACACCCCAAGAGGGAGGGGCCUGUCGGUGGCGAGAGCGACUCGGAGGACCUCUUUGAGAAGACCACCACAACCUCGGGAUUUGGAAGUCACAAGCCCUCGGACGAGCUCAGCGGGCUCAGCGCCACCGAACUAUCUAAUCGUAGGCGAGAAGACCGCGAGACGUUCACGAAUGUCAAACGAGAAGCAGAGCGCCUUGGGAAGACCGUAGAUCGUCUCAUUAGCGACACGGAAAGUCUGAUCUAUGACGGAAAGAUUUUAAUAACAGGAGGGGACAGUUUGAGUCUGGCUCUGGAGGGCAUUAAAGAAGACACCACCCGCCUACCCGAUCCCAAACCAGACUCACAGGUCCUGGACACUAUCAACACCCGUAUGAAGGCCUUCCGCACAGAGCUCCAUAUCUUCAUGGAGAAGGUGGAUCACCUGGGAGAGGGCCUGAGGGAGAAGGGAAGUGACCGGGAUCGGGGAGACGCCCUGUCACCCUUGCCCAACCUCACUGAGUCUAGUAGCUUCCUGUCUGGGGUCACCUCCAUGUCACGAGACUCGCCCAUCGGCACCCUGGGACGCGACCUGGUCACAGAAUUCCAGUCACGGUCCGGUGUGAGGGAUGAGUUGGAGUGGCGUCUAGGACAGGAGCGAGCCGUGGAGACCCAGAGCCAGGAGGGUAUUCCUCAGGGCCCGGCCCAGAACAGGGGAGCCAUCCUGGGACACACUAGAUACCACAGACCCCUCCUGGCUUCUUUAAGACUGGAGGAUGAGGAGUGGAGGCGGCUGGAUCCGCAGGGUGUGAGGCCCAGGGGGGGUCUGGAUCUUACUGGCCUGCAGGCCCACGAGGCUCCCUGGGUCCAGGAAAGAACCCUACUGCAGCAGGAGGUCCGGUUGUUCAGACACAACACCAUCAUCUUCUAUAUGAAGCUACGCUGGAUCCUGAUGCACUGGAGGCUGGGGAAGAGGACAGAGGCAGGGGAGGAGACGGCACACGCAGAGAUGGAGAGUAUUCCAGAGCUGAUCUCGGAGCACGGAGAGGGAGAGACGGAGAGAGAGGACAGGGACAGGUCGUGUACCCAGCUACCUCAGAUAGACUGCCCCGAGCCUGACUCCACAACCCAACUCCCCUCCCCUGAACGCCUGCAGAACCAGGCACAGGUGGGGGAGAACCGUAGGGUGCUCCAGGCGGUGCGCUCCCUGUUAGAGGAGUUCAGGUCAGAGUUGAGGGAGGAGGAGAACAGGAGGUGCCAGCUGCAGCAGAACUAUGCCAAUGACAAAGCUUCCUGGGAGGUCAAAUGGGCAGAGAUGAAGUGUCACGUUGCUCAGCUGGAAGAGGAGAGACGAGAAGAGAAAGGAGAGGUGAGAGGAGAGGCCAGAGGGGAGACGCAGGGAGGAGGAGACCGGGCCUUUAAACAGGAGCGAGAGGAGCACCGUUGUCUCCUGGCAGAGAGCCACAGCACCUCCCUGGACCUCCACUGGAAGCUGCAGCAUGGAGAGAAGAGGUGGGGGAGGGAGAGGAGAGGCCUACUGGAACGCUUCGACCAGGAGAGACAAGAGUGGGACAGCAACAUGAGUAACAUGCACCACGAGAUGGAGAGGCUACAGAGAGAGCUUAACGUAGGGAGGGGCAGUGAGGGCUCACCAACCGACAUCAAAGAAGAGGAGAGAGCAGGGGGACACAGGGGUGUCUUUUCCCCCCAGGAGAGCCCAUCCAAGGCCCCUCGCUCCCCAAGGUCACCACGCUUUCCUCGCUCUGCCAUCCCAGGCCCUGUUUCCCUCCCCACCCGCUCCCACUCCGACUCGGAGGCCCAUGAAGAGCAGGGGGCUGUAGUGAGGUUCAGAGGCCCAACGGAGAACCUUUUCCUGGACGCUCUGACACUGGACCCCCUGGGUGGCCUGAAGGACCCACCUCCCUGCAGACUGGACUCUGACAAGAGGUUCCCCUGUUUGAACCAGGUUCUGAAUGAGAUUCCAGACAGAGAGGGCCCCUCGAAGUACCAGGAGGAGGAGGAGAUGGGUUUUGGCAGCCUGCUUAGGGCUAAGUCGGUCUGUUCCAUGAGUGACUUCCAGCGUCUGAUGGACAGCUCUCCCUUCCUGCCUGACAGGGGUUGUCAUGGUGACCGUGGCCGUGACGACGUGACUCCGCCCCUGUCACCCGACGACCUGAAGUACAUUGAGGAGUUCAACAGUAAGGGUUGGGACUUCCCUGUCCCUGGCCCAUCCCCGACACCAGGCCACCACACCCCUACAGCCAUGGAGGCCUGGGCAGAACGGCCCGCUUCAGAACCAUUCCAGCCGGCCUCGUGGUUCCUAACCACCAGCGCCACUUUGACCACCAAUACCCAAUCCAGCCACGAGCCCCCCUGCCCACCACACUGCCAGCGCUCCCCACUCAGGGGAAACGGGGGUAACAUAGGAGGGGGAGCAGGGGUCCACGUCUCCCACAGCCCCACCCGAUCCCCCGGGCCCUCCGAUCAAGACUACUUGUACCCCAAAGGAACUAAGGGGCAAGGUGGUGGGGGUGUUGGUGAAGUAGGGGGUGCCUCCGGGAUUGGGGGGGUAGGAGGUCCAGACGAGGUGUUUGGUGAUGGUAGGUGGCCUCCUUCCUGUCAUAAGGAGUUAUUAGAGGGUGGGGGGGGGGUUGGGAGUCCCAUCCCCACGGUGGGGUACGCCUCGUCUCUGGAGCUGCAGCUGUCACGGAACCUCAGUGAUGACAUGAAGGAGGUGGCGUUCUCCGUUAGGAACUACCGCUCUGGUACCUCGGACCAUCUGGAGCAACAGAGACAGCUCCGAGAUAUGGCAUGUCAGACAAAUGGUUUCACCACUCGGGGAACCCAGACCACUCAGACCAUCAGCGUGGGGUUACAGACAGACAUCCUCCGCACCCUCACCAGCUCCCCCCACCGCUGCCUCACCCCUAAAGGAGGCUCUACCCCCAUCUCCUCCCCCUCCAGAAACAUCCGUAAGAUACAGUACUCCCCUGUAGUCCAGUCCAAGUUCGAGCGGCCAUGUUGUUCUCCUAAGUACGGCUCCCCUAAACUCCAGAGGAAGCUGUCAACAUCAUCGAAGGCUGACCUCCAAGGUGGGGCCUCAAGCUCCACGGCCGGCCCCAGGGCCCCUACCCCUACCACCCCCCAGAAGGGAGCCUCUGAGUCGGCCUGGGCUCGCUCCACCACCACCAGGGACUCUCCGGUCCACACCACCAUCAACGACGGCCUGUCUUGUCUCUUCAACAUCAUAGACCACAGCCCCGUGGCCUACGAACCCCCGCAGUGCAAAUUCACCAAGUCCCCCAGCCGCUCCCGCCCCACCCCCCUUGACCCCUCACCUCCUGGUGAACCCGGUCUACCCCCCUCAGACCUCAAAGACCCAAGAUACCUUGGAGCUGUCCAGGAGUUCCUGAGGAAUGUCCGCGGGCGUUCUCCCAGCCCGGUGCAGCUGAUAGUAGAGACCCAGGGAGGGCCGGGGGGAACAGGGGGGGAGAGGACACCGGAGGUGGUCAGUAUACGCCAGGACUUGUCUGCCCCGCCUGGAUACACGCUGGCAGAGAACGCAGCCCGUCUGCUUAACAAGAAGCUGUUGGAGCAGAGCCUCAGGGAGGAGAAGAGACUGGGGUCUGGAGGGUCUGGAGGGUCCUCAGCCCAGGGACAGGGAGGCUACACGAGAGAGGGGCGACAGGCGGAGGGAGACAGGAACCAGUCGGGGUGUUUGGAGGACCUCCCUCGUUCCCCGGUGGCUCCACCCCUGGAGUCGUGUUUCCUGCGUCCGGCGAGGCCAGCCAACCGCCGCCCCCCCUCCCGCUGGGCAGUCCGUUCUCCCUCCUCCUCCCCCCGAGGCUGGCACGAUGUCACAGGGCGGAGGUUCACCUUCCCCAUGUUGACUGGGACCAGUAAGAUUGAAGCCACCUGUAUGCUGGAGCUGGACGAGACUGGACCAGGAACAGGAACAAGACUUGAACCAUCGUCUUCUGCAUGAUAGAAUCGUUGCCCAUUACCCUGUCCUCCUUAACUCCCUUAACUUGCUCAACUCUCUUCCUCCUCUCCUCCUCUUCCCCUCUCUACUCCUCUCCACCCUCACCUCCCUCUCCUCCUCCUCCCUGAGCCUGGGUACCUCAGACACCCCCCUUCUUUCGUAGGAAGGAGUUGUAAAUCGGGGGCUGAGACCCUGUAGCACCAGCUGACCAACCAGGAAGAAAAAGAACUGGAACUUAGAACUCUGGAAUGAAAAUGACCUGGAAUGUACUGUAACCAUGACAUCAAAAACAUUGUCAUCAGAGGUGCCUGUACUUGAUUUACUCGUAGUUCCAGCUGAUAUAUGUGUAUAUGUAUGUUAGUCUUAUAAUGGAAACUUUUUGAGGUGUUGAAAGAAAACAUUAAAACCGUUAUUAUAAUACUGGUACCAACAAUGGUUUUACAAAAGUUCUGUCUGUUUACCUUUUUUGUUUAUUUUGCAUUACAUAUCGUUUGUUAUAUUCUGUGUUUGUGUAAAUUCUCGGGUAAAACUUUUUUCUUAUGAAGUUGGUCCAGUCUUUAUGUUACUGUUUGUUCCUUUCCAAUGCUUGAAGUCAGACUACUCAGUUGUACUGGUAGAAGAAACAAACGAAACUAACACUACUGUUUCACGAUGUCAUUUACGAUGCUAAAUAGUAUGUUUUUAUUUCUAUAUGUUGAAGUGAACGUUUAACUCGGGAAACGUGUAGGAGGAGAAAAUUAGCAACUGAAUAACAUUUCUGCAUAUGUGGGGAGGUCGAAUGGCCCCCGACACUCACGUUCCAAAACAACAUGGUUUAAUUAUUAUAUGUUAUCUUUAAAGAGCAAGGUUGGGUUGUUGAUGUUGGGUUAUUUGGUGCUGGGCUAUUGAGCUUUGACCCUGCGGGUCAAAUCCGAAGACUGGAGGCGUAGUUUACUUCGGUGUGGCAUUCGGAUAGUUAUUUUUAGCCACCCGUGUGAGUAAAUGUUGCUACUGUUCAUCUGUUCUGUUGUAUAGUUAUCACAUGUAAAAGUUGAACAUGAGUUUCAAUGAGGUUUACAGAAAUGUACAAGUUCCCUAAAAGCCUAUGCAAAUCCAAUUGCUAGAAUAGAUACCACCUCAUUAUAAUAUGUAAUUAAUAAUCUUCAUAUUCUAGAAGAAUGUGUCAAAUACAACAACAAAAAAAGGAACAAUUUAAUUUGCAGUUGUGUAAACUUGGAGACAUGCUCCGGGCUGGAUGUGUCAAUGUGUAGUUCAUACACGCAUAAUCUAUGAGCAGACUUACUGUCUUACCUCAAUUAGCCACAAAAUCCCUAGUUUGAAAGUGACUGUUUUUUGCUGUGCCAUUUUCCCAAAAUGUUACCCCACACGUGGGCCAGACCCCAAGCAAUUUGAGUUCUAGCUAAUGAUCUUCAGAGCCUAGCUAGCAAGAUGCACACACAGCAAAGGGAGAGAGAGGGCAGUGUCAUGGUGCACAUAAUGUGAGGUAGUACGCAAUUUUCAGGGACCACUUUUGGCUCUUGAACGCUACUUUUCAGAACUACUGGAUAAAAUUGAUACAAAGGUACCCGGAGAAUCUCUUUAACACGAUACACCGGACUGACAUUUACUAUCACGGGUGGCCAAUAAGAUCGAACUGAAAGCCCCUAAUAAGCUUCAGAAGGAUAGCAUUCAAAAAGACCCAGCAGCUAGAUCAUCCCAGUGUGUACCCAGCUGAUGAUUAAAUUAACCCAUGUUUUGGGUAAUCCCAAAACCCCAAGAUGUUGUGUUUAUUCAUGCAACCCACAUGGCUGUGUCAAAAUAACCCAGCGUGUAUUCUGCCCAAUAUUGAACCCAGCACCGGGUUACCAAAGAACCCAAAUUUAGUUCAAACACAGCAUUUUUUUUUUUUUUUAAUUUAAGAGUCGGCCAUGGUCUAAAGUCGUGCACUACGUAGGGAAUAGGGGACAAUUUGGAAUGCAAGCAUAUCUGCAUGCCUUUGGAAAACACACUUUAGUGCAUAUGUACAUACAAGCUGCUGCUACUACUGUCAUUGUGCUAGAUCACCCAGCUUAGAUAUAAACACUAAACUAAGGCUAGGAUUUAAUUAUUUUGCCUUUAUUUAUUUAAUCAGGGAGUCACCGUUGAGACCCGUGUCUCUUUUACGAGGGAGCCCCAGGGGGUCACCGUUGAGACCAGUGUCUCUUUUACGAGGGAGCCCCAGAGAGUCACCAUUGAGACCAGUGUCUCUUUUACGAGGGAGCCCCAGGGGGUCACCGUUGAGACCAGUGUCUCUUUUACGAGGGAGCCCCAGGGGGUCACCGUUGAGACCAGUGUCUCUUUUACGAGGGAGCCCCGGAGAGUCACCAUUGAAACCCGUGUCUCUUUUACGAGGGAGCCCCAGGGAGUCACCAUUGGGACCAGUGUCUCUUUUACGAGGGAGCCCCAGAGAGUCACCGUUGAGACCAGUGUCUCUUUUACGAGGGAGCCCCAGGGGGUCACCGUUGAGACCAGUGUCUCUUUUACGAGGGAGCCCCAGGGGGUCACCGUUGAGACCAGUGUCUCUUUUACGAGGGAGCCCCAGAGAGUCACCGUUGAGACCAGUGUCUCUUUUACGAGGGAGCCCCAGAGAGUCACCGUUGAGACCAGUGUCUCUUUUACGAGGGAGCCCCAGGGGGUCACCAUUGGGACCAGUGUCUCUUUUACGAGGGAGCCCCAGGGAGUCACCGUUGAGACCCGUGUCUCUUUUACGAGGGAGCCCUAUAUAUACACAAUAAAAAAAUAUAUAUCAAAAUACAAUUUAAAACACAACACACAUAACAUAAAUAUACACAAUAAACACAAAACUAAAACAAACACACUGUUCAUUAUAGAAAUCCUCUUGUCCGCUGCCUGAACUGCCCAAGGGACACUAACGCAUCUAUUCUACAUUUAUAUUGGAGAUUAUUCCAGACAUGUGGAGCAAGAUUACUAAAGGUUGACUUAUCUAACUCUGUAGGCACCCAAUGGGGUCUCUAGAGUUAACUCUGUAGCCACCCAAUGGGGUCUCUAGAGUUAACUCUGUAGGCACCCAAUGGGGUCUCUAGAGUUAACUCUGUAGCCACCCAAUGGGGUCUCUCGAGUUAACUCUGUAGGCACCCAAUGGGGUCUCUAUAGUUAACUCUGUAGGCACCCAGUGGGGUCUCUAGAGUUAACUCUGUAGCCACCCAAUGGGGUCUCUAGAGUUAACUCUGUAGCCACCCAAUGGGGUCUCUAGAGUUAACUCUGUAGCCACCCAAUGGGGUCUCUAUAGUUAACUCUGUAGCCACCCAAUGGGGUCUCUAGAGUUAACUCUGUAGGCACCCAAUGGGGUCUCUAGAGUUAACUCUGUAGCCACCCAAUGGGGUUUCUAGAGUGAACUCUGUAGCCACCCAAUGGGGUCUCUAGAGUUAACUCUGUAGGCACCCAAUGGGGUCUCUAGAGUGAACUCUGUAGCCACCCAAUGGGGUCUCUAGAGUUAACUCUGUAGCCACCCAAUGGGGUCUCUAGAGUUAACUCUGUAGCCACCCAAUGGGGUCUCUAGAGUUAACUCUGUAGCCACCCAAUGGGGUCUCUAGAGUUAACUCUGUAGGCACCCAAUGGGGUCUCUAUAGUUAACUCUGUAGCCACCCAAUGAGGUCUCUAUAGUUAACUCUGUAGGCACCCAAUGGGUUUGAUAACUUUACAUUUUAAAUCUGAACAGUGAAGUUAGAUAUGUUGGAAGCUUUUGGAGCAGGGCUUUGUGAAACAAGAAGAAGGUAAUGAUGUGAUCUACGAGACCGUAAAGAGGACCAGCCAACCUUUCGGUAAACAAUACACCGACGAGUAAUAAAACUGUAUCCUGUGAUAAAAUGAAAGGCGUUAUGGUGAAAUGUCAUCCAGGGGUUUUAACGGUUAGAGGCAGCUGCACUUUGUUAAAUAGUAUCAUCAGAAUCAACAACAGGUAGAAAUGUUUCACAAUAUGCUUCCUGCUGACUACAGAGAGACCUAUAUUUGUUUCUGUAAAAAACAACAACAUUUAAAUCUUAAUUUCUUAAAAAGCUCAUUGUUAUGUUUUUUUUUGUUUUUCAAUUCCAAGGUACUGGUCUAUGCAGGGACUCGUUUGAUUAUAGAGCCGUCCGAUGAGUACAGAUGUGAUCCAAUCGUAAUGCACGUCUCAAAGGCAUUUACGAACCACAUUCACGGUAAAAGUUGCAUUAUGUUCGACGUAAAUAACCUUUAAAUGGGCGCAUUGCCCAAAACCCAGGAUUGUUUUGAAUCUCUACGUUAAACGUGAAGUUACUCAUUCUGUAUUCUGAUUUCAUUAUCUUUAUAUUAUUGUCUCUUACUUUCUCUCUGCGUUGUUGGGAGGGGCACAUUUCACUGUUAGUCAACACUGUUAGUCAACACCUGUUGUUCACCAAGCAUGUGACAAAUAAAAUUGGAUUUGAUUUGA